AUGUCACCGGCAGGCACACGGCGGCCGGCCUCUCCUGGAGACAAGCGCAAGCGCAAUGAAGACGAUGAAAUAGACCAUGAUCAACACACCUCUGGUGAGCCUCAGUCCAAUGGCACGGAUGAACGGAGCAAAAAAAAAAGAGUCAUCGGACCGACGCUACCACCCAACUUCGGAAAAGAGGAGGACAGCGGCAGUAGUGGAAGCGAGAGUGAUGAUGAUUAUGGACCGUCCUUGCCUCCCACAGACACAGCGUUGACUGUCGUGGCAGAUAAAGAGGAAAAUCAGAGGAAUUUAAAUGAGGAAAAGCCAGGAGCUGCACAAAGAGACGACUGGAUGCUUCACCCCCCAGAGCAUGGCGACUGGUCUUCACGCGUCGAUCCGACAAAGAUACGCAAUCGGAAAUUCAACAUGGGCAGGAGUGCGGUGCCUAAAACUUCGUCUGGGAUCGGCACUUGGACCGAGACAGCGGAGGACAAGCGAAAACGGCUAGAGGCUGAAGUUUUGGGCGUACAAGCCCCAGCAAAUUCCACCGCCGCGCCAACGGUACAGGGCUCCGAACAUGACGUUGCGAUGGCGAAACGGGUACGAGAAUAUAACGAAAAGAAGCGGAGUAAGACACUCUAUGCCCAACAUCAAUCCCAGCCCUCAAAGGAGGAAGAAGAUGACCCCAGUGCCCGCCCGUUCGAUAAAGAAAAGGAUAUUCGCGGUCCAACAAAGAUCAACCAUGCCCAGCGGCGAGAGUUGCUCAACCGCUCCUCUGAUUUUAACACCCGAUUUUCCGGAGGGAAGUUUCUAUGA